GCCCGAGCUGGUCUUAUGCAAAAUCCGAAAAUCGCCAGCAUUUGUCAUCCUCCGACUUGAACAACUAGAAGAGGGACUGGACUGACGGCACCAGUCGAUCGCCGACCACCAAUCUCCGGCAAUCUCUAUUCGGUUAUCUGCUCUAGAAAUCAUAGCUACUUGAUUGCAUGAACAUGAAGAUUUCGAUUCGAAUUCUGGGUAGUGUGGAACACAUGUCAAAGUGACGAUCAUUCGACUGUUUUCUUGGCUUCGCAGCAACUUUUAGCUGAUAGCAAUGGAGAAAAAUGGGAAAGGGUUUUCGAUGCCUAAGUCCUCUCUCAAGUCCACUCCAAGCAAGGAUGAUUCCUCUCAAAAGUCAAAAGAGGGGAGGAAAGUUCAGUUCAACAAUGGAGGCUCUCCUGAAGAGAGAUUUGAUUACUCAAAGUCAAACGGGAAGUCUAGUUCCUCAGCUGAUAAAGGUGGUAAUGGAAGCACUGCAAAUGGAAAGGCCUCGAAAUCAAAAGAAAAGGAGCCACUUGAGCUUAGGUUAGACCAAGAUCGUCUGAAGAAUGCCAAAUGCUUAAUGGACAGUGAGGCUGCUGAAAUCUUACAAGGAAUACAGGAUCAGAUGACUCUUCUAUCUCAAGAUGCAACCAUCAAACUGCCUGUCUCAUUUCACAAGGGGCUGAGUUACGCACAGGCUAAUGCUCGUUACACAAAUACCCACUCCGUUAGACGUGUUCUAGAUACUCUCAAGAAGCAUGGUGUUGUUGAUGGAGAGAUAAGCAUGAUUGCCAAUGCUUGCCCUGAGACUGCUGAAGAAGUGUUUGCAUUAGUUCCUUCCUUGAAGGUACAACAGAUUGAUGCAUUUUAUAUUCAAACAUUGCAGUCCAAGAAAAGCAUAUUAAAAGAACCGUUGGAGGUAGCUUUGAUGGUGAUAAAACCGCUUCGGAAAGUGGAUUCAACUUCAGUCUGAGUGGAUUGUGGUACUUUGGCUGGAAGAACUAGUAGGAGAGCAUGUGAGAGCAGCUUUUUCUGGAUUUUGUAGAGGCAGACAAACUAGUUGGAGGAGGAUAGCAAUGACCAGCCUAACUUAAGGCCAUUUUGUUUUCGCAGAUGCAGUUGACAACUGUUCCAAUUACCAUUUCCUAUGUACAUGUGAACAACGUUUGGUUUGGCGAACUUGUUUGAACAAAAAAUUCCAUGAAAAAAUGGAACCUAUGCUAAUUGCUGAAAACCACAAGAGUUCCAAUUGUCAUGAACCAGUUGAU